CUAAUGGACUGCAGAAGAGCACAGGGAUGACCAGAGACUGUGGACAGCACAGGGAUGACCAGAGACUGCGGACAGUACAGAUGACUGCUGACCUUUGGGGAGGUGGGGAGCGGGUACCUGAAUUUGACAGGUACCCGCUCUUACUUCGCAGAGUUUUUGUUUGAUCUUACCUGUUCCUCGAUCCUGCCGCUCUCGGCAUGACAGCCGGGUGCCCAGUGCGCAUGAGCGAGAAGCACUUGCGCUUUGUGAUUGGUCCAGCGGCUUCUGGGAUCUGUCAUGUGUCCCAGGUACCG